GUCAGAGGAGCUAACAUGGUCGUCUUCAGAUGCAAAAAAAGAAGAUAAAAUGGAAGUGGAGGAAGAAGAAACAAUUGGAAGUACUUCAGCGACUGUGAAGCCUGAAGUAAAGACAUACACCAAACUUACUACAAUACAUAGUGGCUUGAGUGCAAAACUAGAAAUAUUACAAGACUUUGAUGAAAUUACCGAGGAAGAUUUCAAUAAUGCAGAGGAGUUGUUAAUGCAGGAGGAAGAAACAAUGCAGGAGGAAGAAAAAAUACAGGAAGAGGAACAAACAGAUAGUCACAUUGGAAAAGAUGCAGAUGAAGAGGGAGAAAGGGAGGUAAUAAUGUUACCUGUAAAAUUACCACCGGAUAUCACAGUGGUGAAAGAAGUACCUUCUACUCCAUCACCAGCCAAGCGAGGAAGGGGAAGGCCCCGGAAAAAUACAACUUCUGUUUUGGAGAUAACACCGGCCCCCACCAGCCCCACUACAUCAGAAAUUCUGUUUAGAUGUUCUUUGUGCCCACGUACCUUUCAUUCUGCCUUUGGGCUGAAAAUACACGAGAGUGCCUGUCGCCGACACAACCCAGACUCUAUGAAAGAAACACAAUCCGAAGAAGAGAUAAUCAUUCCUGAUCCUCUUCCUGAAAAAACUACAGAGAUAGUAAAGCCUAGAAGAGGUCGUCCUCCCAAAGAUCUAAUUCAAGAAAUUACUAAGAAAUCUUCACCAAUUAUUGAGCCUGAGAAGCAUGAAUGUGGUUCUUGUUCACGUGUCUUCAACUCAGCAACUGGUUUGAGAAUACAUGAAAAUGCCUGCAAACGCCGAAAAAUUGAGGAAAGUCCUGUCAGUCCAGAGAUAAUCAUCCCUGACAAAGUGAUCCCAGAGGAGGUGUCAGUUAAACGAAAGCGAGGGCGGCCACCCAAGAACCCCCCACUACCUGACCUAAACAUUGAACCACAAUACAAGUGUGAACUUUGUGCCAAGACCUUCAAUACACUGCCUGGUUGCCGGCGGCACGAGGCUACCUGCAAACGCAGUUCUAAAGCAGAAAAUGAUCCUGAUGGGUACCAGCCCAAUGUCCCCAUCUACAACAAACAGCUCAACAUCAACCAACCAGACCCCUCUGAUGAGCAGGCAGAGGAGAGUGCAGAUGUGAAGGAUCCGUACAUCUUCGAGGAGGGUAGAUGUCAUUGCUGCGGGGAGGAUAUAGAGACAGCUCAUUUGGGAGGGGAGUUUGAGUGUACAGACUGCAAGAAACUGUUUAGGUUGAAGUCUUCACUGGAACGACAUAGGCGUGUUGUACACGAUGAGGGUGAGACAUUCAAGUGUCCAGAGUGUGACGCUCGCUGUCCUGAUAAGGGUACCUUAGCUCGGCAUAUGUACACUCAUACAGGUCUGAAGCCGGUGUCAUGUCCAGUGUGCAAGACAGAAUUCAGUCGCAAGUACCACCUCAUCAGACACAACUAUCAGACUGGUUGUGACGGAACUAAGAGACCUUCCUUUCCAUGCCAGGUUUGUGGCAGAGUGUUCAACCGGAAAGACAACCUGAGGGAGCACUUGCGUGCUCAUGCAGGCCAGACCAAGCGGAAGAAGAGGUAUACAUGUGAGACCUGUAACAAGGAGUUUGUAGGAAUCUCACUACUGAACAUGCACAAGCGCACUCAUAUGACUGGUGUUGUUGAUGGUGACAGGCCUUUCUCUUGUGAUUUCUGCUCAAAGAAGUUCCCAUCCAACAGUGCCUUUAAGAAACACAGGAGGAAACAUACUGGAGAACGCCCCUUCGAGUGCACUUUUUGUUAUGCGAGAUUUGCUGCCAAGGAAACAUUGAACAGACACUUGCGCACCCAUACUGGCAUUAAACCUCAUGUAUGCCAGUACUGUGGCAAGGGCUUCAUCCAAGCAUCUCAGCUGAGAGCACAUGUCUUCCACCACUCAGGGGCGUCUGUGUCUGCAGGUGAGGGAGGUUUCACUUGUGAGGAGUGCGGCAAGUCGUUCAAUCGUCGGCAACGCCUACAACUUCAUGUCAAGUACGUUCACGAUGGAGCAGAACCAUAUGAAUGUGAUCACUGCACGCGCACGUUCUUGCGUAAAGAGGAUCUUGCACGUCAUCAGCUACUGCAUUCCGGCAUUAAAGAACACAAGUGCCCUAUUUGUGAGAAGUGCUUUGCAAUGAAGUCCUCACUGAAGAUUCAUCUCCUCACACACACAAAGGAGCCACCGAGAUCGUGCGAUGAGUGUGGACGAGCAUUUAUCCGGCAGGAUUGCCUUCUUCGCCAUAUGCGCACUAAGCACCGAGACAUGCUAGAAGAGAUAAUGGCCGAGGCGGAGAAGAAGAAGUUACAGCAGCAGUUGCUGGCCGCAGCCAACCAGGCAGCUCUGGAGUUGUCUGCUGAGGAGCCCCAUGUCUUGACAGAGUCCAACCUGGCCGAAAGUGUGCGAGAGCUGCUGACUCUGCUUGUUGACGAGACAACUCUCAAGGCUUUCGGUUGGCCUGAUUCGUCAGUGGAUAAAUUACUGGAAGCUGUGAUCAGACGAUGUGGCCAUCAGCCAGCUGGCUUCCCCGACAUGGCGUAUGCAGACCGUCUGCGCGAGAAUGCCAAGCUGCUAUUUACUGUGGUGAUUGAUGACUCUGCUGUUAAAACUCUUCUCAAUAACCAGACAGUGGAUGAGGUUAUUUUACACGUGUUGCGACUUGCCAAGUCCUGAGCCCAUAUGUUCUCAACACGUCAAGUCUGAGAUACACUGUGUGUUGUAACACCAAAGUUGGUUCCCUUCAACUGUAAAGUACAACCAACUUUUUUAUAUUCAUUUUUAAUUUCAGAUAUCAACUUUAAGCUUAAGAAUUCACUAAUUAUUGGGCAUAAAUAGUGUUAAUUAAUUUUUCUCAUUGUAUAUAUGCUUAUUUGCCUUCUAGCUGAGUAUUUUUGUGUAUAAAAUCCAAUAGAGAAUAUCAAAUUAUAUAUUUUAUUAGUAAUUUUACUAAAAAUAUUUUAAUUAAAGAUUAUUUUGUAAAUAUAUUUAAAAUUACUGUUUUUAAUUUCAAGGACUGUAAAAAGAUUUCAAUAUUAAUUUAAAUACAGUUCUAAAAUCAGGCAUUUUAUGUGUAUUUAUAGUUAAUUAUAAAUAAAUAAUAUUUACACAAUAGACAGCUAAUCUAAGGUAGUUUUAUAAAAGAAUGUAUAUACUUUGUUUACUACUUUAAUAACAAAAUAUUAUUUUGUUAAUCAAGUUAAAUGGGUGAAAUGAAUAGUUUUAUAAUGUGUAAUUAAUAAUUCUAGUAUAGACCUUUUCAUGUAUAUUUUACAUGUACGUUUAAUUUUUGAUCUGGAUAUGAAUUGUAUCAAAAUGCACUUUUGUAAUCAUUUAUUGUGUUAGUUAUUUGUUGAGCAUGAUUUAUAAUUAGCGAGUUUCUUGUACAAAUUUUUAUAUCAAACGAGGGAGUUCAAUUGUAUUUUCUUUGGAUAAUAAUUUAAUAGCCUCCUAUCGUUACAAUAUACAUAAUUAGUGUUCUGAUUGCCUCUUAUCUAAUGGUUUAAAAUCAUAAUCAUCCCAAAAACCUUCAAUAUUGAACUCACAACCCAUCAAAAUGUCUAGUAUGUGUAAGCAAAUUUGACGUCUUGAUCUCAAUACUCAUAUUAAAUAAAAUGACUUUACAAAUCAAGGAGGUAAUGGAACCUUAUAAGAGAAUCUCUAGGUUGUGUGAGAAAUUUUUAUCAUUGUUACAUUUUUCAAACAUUAACAUUUGUUGACACUUUUAACUCCCUCCAUACAGUGCAUCAGUAAAAUACAGUAAUCUUUUACUUUAUUAACACAUAAUUAUUUUUGCUUGUCUGUAUUUUAUGUAGUGUUACUGCAAAUUAGACUUCUCAUGGGUUCAAAAAGGUAAAGAACCCGAAGAUUGUAAUGAACCUAGCAAGUAUUAUAAUGUCAAAUAGGGGAAUUGUUAGUUAAAGUAAUCCCUUGAUAAGUACAUCAUUAUGUUAAGUUGGUGGUUGGUGCUUGUAUUUCACUGUUAAGUCUUCAAAACCGACACUGAGUCAAAUCCAUUAAGUAGAAGUAACCUUUGAGAACUCGCAGAAGGAAGUUACUUCCAGCUUUGAAAGCAAAAUCACAUUUUAAAAUUAAAAGCUAGGGCAUUUUAAAAAGUUAAAAAACUAAUAGUUGCCUAAAUUUGAACAGUAUUAACCCAUUGGAAAGCUACUUUUUAGUGGAAUUCCUUUGUUUAUGGUUUAUCAGGUUUUACAAACAAAUUGCAAUAGGUUGAGUUCUACAGGAAAUAUUGUUAUGAAAUCACCAAAUUACAGUAUUAGUGCUUUACAUUCAUAUGAAAACGCAAAAGUGUACAUUCUAUUAGGUUAAUUCUGCUACUCGAUACCUGAAUACCUUGAUACAUAGUGGUAUCGAGUAUUCUCUUUUUUUAUGUAAUAAACAAAAAUUAUCAUUCCGGCACCAAUAUUUUCAAAUAAUUUUAUGACUAAAUAACAACAAAAACAAAAUAAAUGUUUAAAAUAGAAUUGGAAAAUCAUUAUGUUUCAUCUAUUUGUUUCUAUUAUGUACUAAAUUAAAUAUUUGUAACACCCUAUACAAAGAACAAUCGUUAAAUUGUGCCCUCAUUGCAGUCGAGCACCAUGUUAUUAAUCAUUGUUAACACAUUCAGUGCGAGUGGAUCGCUGGCGAGCCAAAAGACCUUGGCGUGCCGUUCGGCGGGAUCGCCAGCGCGACAUGUUGCCUAGGAAUGCAAGACUGCUCAGUUUUUUCAGUAUGCAGUGACCCAUAUAGGCGAAAAUUUCGCAGUCAAUGUGUUAAUGAAAUAGUUGUUUACAGUUUCAGUUCUAUUUGUAGAAUCAAUACUUCUCUUAUUACAAAACAAAAGCAAAAUGUAUUUCAUCACUCAUAUUUUUAAAUAAAGCGUUUUAUAAGUAAAGUAUUAAUAUUUGUAAAAGCUAUUCUGUUAUUAUAUCAAUCAAACAAUCAUAGUGUAAGUUGUAACUAAGUACAAUUUUGAAAGUGUGGCAAAUUCGAUUAUAAAUGUUUUUUUGAAAUGUAUUAUUUAAUGUUUUUAUGUAUCGAAGCUAAAUCUUGAACAGAUCAAGUUCUCAAAUAAAAGCAUCAAAACAUGUCUAGUUUACGAGGACAGCUAUCAGCAGUACACAAAUUACUGAUUGCUAAAAUGUUUUUGUAGUACUUUUAUUGUAUGAAAAGUCUAGGUAGAUAAAAUUAUUACUGUACUUUUAUAAAGUAAUAUUUUGCUGGCAGUAUGUAUUUUCUAUAUACAUUCAUGCAUACGUAAACUGUAAAUCUGCUGUGCCUUUUAACGGACAACUGCUGAUCAGAAAGCAUGCAAAUCAUUGAUUGUUAAAACAGUUCUUGUCGUACUUUGUGUAUGAAAAACUGUAGAUAGAUAACAAAAUUAACAAAUACUUGUAGUUUUGUUAAUAAUAUUUAGCUACCAAUUCUUAUUUCCCAUGUCUUAUGUUCGUGCACUGCCGAGUCGAAGCGCAAUCGUUCACUUUUGAGGAACAGUAUUAUUUAUUUUCAUUAUUUACAAUGACAUAUAAGAACAAUAUAUAGCUUUUAUAGCUAUCCAAAACUCCAUUUUACUUCACUGACUACAGCAGCAGGUCAAACAACAAACAUCAUCUAGCAACAAAAGAAAGAAAAUGUUUUUAUAUUUUAUACAGUUAUGCCAACUAGAAACAUUAAAUAUACAAUGGUUAAGAUUAAAUUGUUUAAUACUAUGUAGUCAAAAUUUCAUGGUUUGAUUGUAUUAUUGUUAUUACCACCAAUUAAGUCUCGAAGCAUGCCAAUGGGUUAAUUAAAAACAGGAUUUUCUUGUGAAUUAACAUGUAAUAAUUUUUGAGUUAUUUAAAUUUUUCUAUAAAAACUGUAUUUGAGCUACACCAGUAAGAAAAGGUAUUUGAUAUCAAAUAUGUGUAUGACAAAAUUUAGGACAUGUCAAAAGAGAAUAGUACAAACAAAUGUUAAAAUUUGCUUAACUUAACACAUGGAGGCAGCCUCUACAGUGUCGCAGGUAACACUGCUAUGAGCAGGACAGGGGCGAAGAGCUACAGGAUCAGCACUGCUGACCACGUGCAGUUAUAAAUAAUUAAAAUAAAUCUGUACCCUAAGGUAACUUCUGUGAUGCGAGUUCCAGAAGAUUCAGAACAGGUUUCUUUAUCACAGUACUGGAUAGCUAACUCAGUGUUAUAAUAAAUUUGGUCAGUUUAUCCUUACAUUAUGCAGUACAGAAGUGUGUGUAAUUCAGUAAUUAACAAUUCAAUGAAAUUGAUGUGUUUACAUUAAUACUUUGGGAGAAACCAGAAAACCAAAUGUAACUAGUUUUCUAUUAGUUCCCCCUGUAGUUAAACUGGAUUAACAAACCUCUCCUGACCAGCUCUAUACCAUGUUAAAAUAUGUAGAAACUGGCCACAUUGAGUUAGCUAUACAUCAUAGCCAUAAUACAAUUAUGAGCGUGGCACUAACUUCUUUGAAAAUACAUGUUUUUUUAUAAUUAAUAAAAUUCUGUGGAAUUAGAAGCUUAAUUUCAGUCUAUUAUAUAUUUUUUUACUAUUGAAAAUAGCAUGCUGUUUACUUUUGCUUCAAACCAAUGCAUGACAAUAGAAAAGGUUUAAUUUAAAUCUUAUUUUAAACCAAGUAGUUCUUUAGUUGAAAAUUAAUACAAUUUUGAUAAUUAGGAUUAAAUCCAUUAAAAGUGUUAAGGAUGUGUUAUGAAUGAAUUAACAUGAACUGAAGCAACAAAUAUAAACAUACUUGACUGGAUUAAAAUUAAGAUAAAUUUCAACUUGAGAACAUUAUAAAAAGAAGUAAAUGACUAUAAUAAACUGUGUGUUUAACACGUUCAAUACCAGCCCAAAUACAAAUAAUAUUAUAAAUACUAAAGUGACAUUUUUCCGAUUUCUUGUGUAAACUAUUCAACCGAUUAUAUUAAACUUUUACAUGGACAUUCUUAGCAUCUCCAGUAUGAAUAUAGGCCUAUUCUUAUUUUGGAAAUCCCUGUGGGCUAUAUACCUCACUGGUCUGUAAAGUGAAAAAUCACAUCUUGCUUUUCUAAAGUUCUGAAUAUUCAUAGAAAGAGCCUGUUAAAUGUAAUCAACUGUUCUGGAUAAACAUUGUUUUAUCACAGAACAACUGUAUGUUUAAUUAAUUUAACCACUAUUUUCAAUUUGUUUAAAUUUGUAGUCUUGAAAGCAUAGAGUAAGUUGAAUAGUAACAACACUUCUUAUUUCAACCCUUUCUGCAACCCCUGUUGAACACAGAGUAAGAAAAUAUCUAUAUAAAAAAUUAAAAUUUUAGUAAAAAUAUACUUUUAUAAAAAAUUAAACUUUUAGUAAAAAUAUAUAUAACUAUAUAUUUUAGCAAAUAUUAAGAAUGCAGUGCUUGGUCAGUGUUUUAAUGCAGGUAUAAAAGACAAAGUUACUAUCUAACCUUUACUAUGAAAUUAAAGACUGUUAUAAAACCCAUCUUAAUUUACUUGACAUAAGUAGACCAAUGUAUAUAUAUAUAUAUAUAUAUAUAUAUAUAUACUUUAUUGCGAAACUAAAAACUUGUAGGAACAGAGUAAAUUACAAUGGUCAUAAAUAUUCAUUUUUUUGACAGAUUUAGUUGAUUGAAACAGAGCAAACGAAGCAUUUGCGUCUGAAAUUCAAUUCAUUCGAAUCAGAAGUGCUCAUAAACAUGAAAACACUAAAAGUAACUUUUGAAUUGCAUAAAAUAAUCAAAGGAUGUUGUGUCCAUUUUUUCACUGCAUUGUAUUACAUCACAAAUGCUUUUAGUAAAAUAGCUAAGAACUUUAAUUUUGGGGAUUCUUCACAUUGGUCUAAAAUCGUUAAAAAUAUUCAAUCAAAUAAAUGUAAUGCUGAGGAAUGUGACGGAAGUAAGUGCUAGUAUGGUUAUAAAACAUUAAAUAGCAAACUUCGUUUUUAGCUAAUUGUAUUAGUUUAACAUUACAAUUACUGAAUAUAAUCAAUUUUAUGAAUAAUUAAUCAUGUUUUUAUUAUUAAAAUUAUUAUGACACCAACAUGGCUAACUAUCAUCUUUCAUGGAAUAACAGUGGUAAAUUUGCACAUGGUAGACUUACAUGCCCACCUUUUGUGGUUUCAAAUUAAGUGGUUACGUAGCAGACCAUUGGUCUUUAUCAUCAAGUUACACUUAAUAACCCGUAAAUAAAGGCUACAGUUACAGUACUCAUGGAAGGAGCAGAUGUGGUUGGUGGCGAUGAUAACCGUGCAAGUCAGAUCUACCAACCGGUUCGUACUCACUACUCAUUUAGCAAUUUAUUCGUCACUUACAAUGUUUUCAUCAAUUGGCACUAUCUGAACUAAGCCUGUGGUUCAAUAAACUAAUUAAUGUAUUAUCAGAAAGUGAUUUCCUUGUAGGAAAGAACAGACUCUCAUGACGGUGAAGGUCCUUGUUUAUUGAAAACAAUAUAAUUUAGUUCACUAAAUAACCACACUUAUUAAAAUGAGGAAUACAUUUUAUAACCAUAAACUUAGUGAUCUGGUGACUACAUUUAGAGCAAUACCUAAUAGAGAAAAUCAUCCACAUAAUUUAAUUUUUGUAUAAAUUUAGUUAUUGCUAGGUAACUAAAUACUUAACAUAUAAGGUAAUAAAAUACAAUUAAUUGUUAUAUUAUGGUAGUUCAAUAUUUUUAAUUGAACCUAAGACCCCUAUUAAAAUUUCUAUUGCAAAAUGAAAAAUUAAUUCAGUAUCCAAUGGUAAAAAUAUUUGAAUUUUAAUUGGUAAUCAAUGGGUUAAAAAAUGAAUUGACACAACUUGGUGAUACUGGGACUGAAGGUGGAAAUUAUCUUAUUAGAGUUAUAAAAAUGCUGUAGACAUAUUGGUAACUUAUCAUAAAGUUAAUAAUUUUGAAAAGUAAUUAAAUUAAAAUAAUGACAACAUAAACUGCAGUUUUAAUGUGAUAUGCAAUAUGUAUUCGAAUUAACUGUGUAAACUAGUUGUGUUGUGUUUGAUCUUUAUACUGUUGCUCAUGCUUAAAUUGUUGUUUCUCAUCUGUGAUUUUGUAACUUUUUUAGGUUUUUGGUAGAUUUAACUCUGUAACAUUGUUGAUUAUAAACUGUUUAGCAGCCGUUCAUUUAUAAACAUUUGUUAAUCAUUUACAAGAAUAUUAUAUACUCAUAUGUAUUUGUACAAAAUAAAUAAAUAAAAACCUU